AAAUACAUAAGAUUUGAGAGGGGCCAGUGGAACAAGCUGUAAGUAGACCUGCAUGAAGACAUUUGAGCGAAAUAAACUGCGAAAAGCGGCACCAUGCUGCCAGGCUACAGCCCUGUCACUCAGGCCUUCCUGGGCACUCUGUUCACCUGGGCCCUGACGGCUGCUGGCGCCGCCCUCGUCUUCAUCUUCUCCAGCAGACAGAAACGCAUUUUGGAUGGCAGUUUAGGCUUCGCAGCUGGGGUGAUGCUGGCUGCUUCCUAUUGGUCGUUGCUGGCUCCGGCGAUCGGCAUGGCAGAGGAUUCUGGGAAAUACGGUGCCUUCGCCUUCGUGCCUGUGGCCGUGGGUUUCACUCUGGGGGCGGCGUUCGUGUACCUCGCUGACCUCGUCAUGCCAAUGCUGGGGUUAGGAGUGGACCCUCAGGUGGCUCUAGCGCUGCCUCCUGACAAGCCUUUGAAGGAGAAGUCGGAGGACCCAUCGUCCUUCCAAUUCUCGGGCCCUGAGGAGAUGACCAUCCGGAUAGGUAGAGGAGGACCCCAUGCAGACAAGAUCGAGAACGGGGAGGUGCACCAGAGGAGGAGAGGCAGCUUCCACGGGCCCGAGGCCCAGGACGCGGACAACAGACAGGAACAGGAAGAGAUGGUGCGCAGAGGGAGCAGCUGGAGACGGAUCAUGCUUCUUAUCCUGGCCAUCACCAUCCACAACAUCCCAGAGGGCCUGGCUGUAGGUGUAGCAUUCGGUGCCAUAGGGAAGACCCCGUCUGCCACUUUUGAGAGCGCCAGGAACCUGGCCAUCGGAAUUGGCAUUCAGAACUUUCCAGAAGGGUUGGCGGUGAGCUUGCCUCUCCGCGGGGCUGGGAUGUCGACAUGGGGAGCCUUCUGGUACGGCCAGCUGAGUGGAAUGGUGGAGCCGGUGGCGGGGUUGCUAGGGGCCGUUGCCGUGGUGCUGGCGGAGCCCCUGUUGCCGUACGCGCUGGCGUUUGCCGCGGGGGCCAUGGUGUACGUGGUGGUGGAUGACAUCAUACCGGAGGCUCAAGUCAGUGGAAACGGGAAACUAGCAUCGUGGACGUCGAUUCUGGGCUUCGUGGUGAUGAUGUCACUGGACGUGGGGUUGGGAUGAUUGUAACCAAGGCGACGACAAAUCCAACGUCAAAAUCCAGAUCGCUCACAAACUAAGGAAGGGACCAAAUAUUCCAGUCUUCUCAGUGCAAAUAAGGGCUCUACAUGUGCAUUCAUUCUUUUGUUGGAUUGAUCAGAGGUUAUUUUUUAAGUUGGUUUGAGCUUUUUACGUUUUUACUCUCAUUUCACCCAGGUUGAUUGCUAUGACCGUGUCCAUAUUAUCCCAUGCAGCUCCGAAUGAACAAAUACUUGAAGGGCAAUGUGUUUCAUUUCUUUAAUUUCUUCCACUGUGACCAGUGUAUGAAGUUGUGCUUUCUCAUGUCCGUUUCUGUGUUGUUUGGGAAUAGUCUGGGGAUGAGUUUAGGUUAUUUUAAGUUGUCCUUAGUCGUCCAUUUUUAAUCUUGCUGGAUCGUCCAUGCAAUGAAACGGAUGCAAUGCUGUUUACAGUCACAGAAGAUGAAGAGAUUAAUAACUUGUUUAUUAAAAGUGAUUUAAUUUAAUGUAAUUGCCAUUGGUGUCAAAGUGUAGGGGAGAAUAGUUGUUUUAUGCCUCAAAAAAUGACUUGUAAUAAAAUGUGACAACUAAUCUCAUCUACGUUUUUCUCUGACCAAAUGCUGACAAAGAAAUUACCAAGAAAAAAACAUCAACCAUAUAUUGCCCGUUUUUAUUUCUUAUUUAUUUUCAGUAAGGCACUAUCAAGGGCUGCUAUGUGAAUGUCAGCCCACUCCCACGCCGCUGACUAUUCCGGUAACUCCCCUUUGGUUAGCAGAGGGCUAAACAUAACGUAACAUACAAAUCUAAAUCGUACACCCAUGCGUUUCUAAUUUAGCACGGUGUCUCAGCGUUCCUGCUCUUGUCGUUAUUUAAAUAUUUCACUUCGGGUUGUAUUAAGUGGAGGCAGGCCGCAGAGUGCCUGAAGCCUUCUUAUCAUCCCUCAAUCAGUCAUCCAGCCUUCAUUAAAGCGGUGCGUUGUGAUGGCUGCGGUGUGCAGGACUGUGUGUUGGAAGUUGGAGGCAGUCUCUCAUUGAGAUCCAUCAGGGAUAGGAUUGAUCAAUUCAUCAAGGCCCUCAAAGCUGAACGGCAUAACGGGACAGAGCCAUGAAUCCCCAUUGGUUGUUUUAUCAUGAGUGUGGAAAUACAAGUAUGACAUGGAUACAGUAUAGAGUAACGAAAUAUACAUUGUGUUUAAUAUCAGAUGUUUGGCAUGCACAAUAGUUGUGUUGUAUUCGAUUAUUCAGUACAUUAUCCACACGUUGUAAUGCGUAGCUUUUGGGCCAACUCGUGAUAGAACAUAAGGAUUUUCUAGGCUGUACAUCGCUCUCUGUGUCCAAGGAGCAGAUUUUCCUGGUAAUUCUCUCUUUGAAACAAGGGGGAAUUACUGGCUUAAAAACUCAGUUGAUGGCAAAUGUGUGCAUCUUUUUCUUGUUUCGUGGCAUUGAGUAUAGUAAUGAUAACACUUUGGUCCUAAGUUAUCAUAAGCAUGUCUUUAAAGAGCAGGUAGUUAUGCCUCUGCUCAAAGAUGCCCACAGGUUAGGUGGUCGACAUUUGUGGAACCUAUAACACGACGCAUCAAACAAUGUCUUUUUUUCUAUUGUAACACAUUUACCGUUUCAACUCUUCACACACAUCACACAGGGUUGACGUCCUUCUAAACAUCCUUUCUCUCGCUCUCUCACACACACACGCAUGCAUAUGAGAAAGAAAGCACGAGAAAGCGGUGCACAGAAUUGCAGAGAGCUCGACCCAUUUAAUGUAAGUCUAGAACCAGCUGCACAUCUAACAUCGACAAAGAUGACGAAUAUGCCAUAAAGUACAAAACAGAAAAGCGAAACAAAACUAAAAAUUCUUCAUAACCUCAACAAAAAGCUAAAAACUAAAACAUGGCUCAAAAAACUGUAAAGAGCAAAAAUAAAAACAAAGAAAACUAAGGCAUAUCCUGAUGCGUUUAAGAAGUGCUUCUAACAGGGGCACCAUGUUGACGAGCGGCCGUCAGCGAGCUAUAGGAUCAUGACGGGCAUGUUCCUGUACUCCAGGUAGUCGAUGAGUCUCCGGGGCAUCGCCAGCUGGUCCACGCACUGGAUCCGGUCGGCCUUCUUUAGCUGUCCCCGGAUGGCCAGUCGACACUGGGAGGCCAGAGACUUGGGAGUUCCUACGAGGGGGAGGGAGAGAAAGUGAUCGACGGAUGAUUACAAAUCCAAAGUCGAGCCCUUGAUUACAAAUCUGAUAGUGCUUUACAUUCAAUUUGCAUAGUUCGUCACGCCUCUAAAAGGGGCAAGGAGAAACUCCCCAGAUCGAAAAGGUAAUGAAACCGUGAGAAGGAACGCUGACACAAUGGCAUAGUGGUUAGCACACCUUCAUUGAAAGAUAAGGUCCUUUGUUCAAACCCCUGGGAGCAGGGGGGAGUUUGUAUACAUGUUCACCCCAUGUUAACGUGGGUUUUCCUCCCACCUUAAAAAAGAGAUUCAUGUUAGGUAAAUACUGCUGCCGAUGCCCUUGACCUAGGCAGUAGUCCUGGGGUUGGUCCCCAGGCGCUCGACUGUGUAGCUGCCCUCAUAGUGAUGCAUCUAAAAUAUUAUAAAGGUAGAGGGAUCCUUCCUCUCAGGGAUGGUUACUAUUGCUGAUUCAUUUAGAAAUACUUGCUAAAUGGGUCAGACAUUGAAUGUUAUGAGCAUAAAACUAGGUAAUAAAACAAAGGUUAAGUAAGAAUAAGUGAUAAGGGAAAAGUAGAUGCGUUUGAAGUAACCCUUUGUAAAAUACCUCACCUGACAUUCCCUAUCAUUGGAUUACAUUAAUUGCUGCCUCUACAUUUUGAUUUGUCCUUUUAAAAGUGUCAGCAAAUGUUGCCUUUCCACCACCAACUCCCGUAUUGUUGAGUUUUUCCUGCGAUUUAAUCUCUGCGGUCCAAGUCAGGUGAUUAACUAUGUAGAACAUAAACGUUGUGUGAACUGCUAACAAAAGAUCUUCACUGUUUGCCCACUGAGGAAAUGAAACUGCCAUGAAUGGGGUGUGUGCGAUCAGCUGAUAUGGCAACAACAACACAAAAAAAAACGGGGAGGGGAAAGUUAAGAAUUCCCCUGGCAGAAACGAGAGCUGCAGAUGUCGUUUAAGGCCGCUGGAUCAGCAAUAGCAGGUAAUAAAGAUAAUACUACUACGGGAUAAGAUGAUAGCAAAGCUACACCCGGUCGGAUGAGCGCAUUACCUUGACACAAUCAACACAUGACUAUGAUUGUGUCGGUGUGAUGAAAUCCAAUGAAAGCCCAACACAGAGCCAGUCUCUGUGUCUGCACUAGGAGUCUGCGAGACCAGUUUAGACUUUUUUUCAGCUAACUUUGCGCACAGAAGACGGGGCCUCACCUCUCUCCCGCAGCAGCAGCUCCACCGCCUCGUUCUGCUUGGUGGACUUCUCGAUGAUCAGCGUGGGCAGGUACACGUUGGCGCCGAAGUCGAUGAGCAGCCUCACGUACUCCACGCCGCAGCCGUGCCGCAGGCACAUCUCCAGCACCGUCUUGGGCUGCUUGAUGCGGCUCAGCAGCCCGCCGUCGGUGCAGUUAUAGUCCGGGUCGGCGCCGAACGCCAGCAGCACCUUGAAGCACUCCAUGUGUCCGUACACGGCCGACAGGUAGAGCGGCCCGCUGGACACGCUCGCCCCCGAGCUCCACAGCAGCACCUUGGAGCGCGAGUUGACCUCGGCGCCGUGGCACAGCAGCUCGCGCAGGACCACGGCGUCGCCCUCCCGGGCGGCGGUCAGCACCGGCGAGCAGUUGUUGGCCAUGCUGCCGUUGGGGUCGGCGCCGGCCUUGAGCAGCGCAAGCACGCACUCCAGGUACUUGCCGCACACGGCCGUGAAGAGCGGCGUCUGCGCCUUGACGUCCACGCAGUCGACGUGGGCGCUGUGGGCCAGCAGCACCUGCAGGCAGCGCAGGUGGCCCUUGGAGGCGGCCAUGCGGAGAGGCGUGCCGGCGAUGCCCCAGCCGCCGCGGCAGUUGAUGACCCUCUUGUAGAUCUCUUGGCUGAGCAUCUCGUCGAGGAGCAGGGCAUCGUCUUGGGCGACGGCCUGGCGAAGCUGCUGGAUCUCACGGCUGCUCUCUUCCUCCACAGAGGUCUUGAGUCGGAGCAUAGGACCACCUGCGUUUGCGAGGCAGAUGCAGUGAGGGCAUGAGCAGGACGUUUUACAUCCCGGGAAUCCCGUAUGGGUGGAUUAGCCGAGAAGUUAAUAAAUAAUUAUGGAAAUAAUCACAUUUGAUUUAAAAAAAAAAUAAAAAUAUUUAGCGAUUCAUCAUUUCACAGAGGUUUAUAUUUGAAUUGAACCGCAACGUUAACCAUCAAAUGUUUGAUCAAAAUUACAAAAUGAUUGUUCAUUAACAAUUACAGAUUUGAAUACUUUUCUGUUGAUCGACUUGUUGCAGCGGUACAUUGGAUCACAUUAGUUCAGAUCAACUGAAUGGGUUGGUUACCGAUGCUUAAGAAUCUCACACAACCUCACAGAGACAUCACAGGCCGAGAGGGCAUUAUCAUUCUUUAGUCCACAACACAUAAAAGUUGAGAUUAAAAAUUAAGAACGUGACAGUGAUUUCCUAAACACUCCUUAAUCAUUAUUAUAUAUUAUAUUUUAUUGUAUGCAUAAUGCAAAUAGUAUAUACAUAUUAGAGCUCUCAAAGCACUUUUCAAAUGGAUAAAUAUACUAUGCCAUGGAUGACUUGCAAUGUUCCAGUCGGCUAUAAUGUUUUCCUUCAUUCUGUUUGGGAACGGGUUGGACCUAACCUUCAUAUCCGUCCCUCGAUUGUUAUGAGGCAUGCAAUUAUUGUCAUUUAAAUCAUUUUCUUGAUCAGGUUUCUGUGAUCGUCCGUUCUGAUUAAUGACCCCAGUAGAAAGAAAAGGAUUUGGGCUCAACUAAAAGGACGUUAGUUUCAUGCGGAAAACAGCCUGGUGUGAGGCUUUUUGAAUACAGCUUUUGUAUUCUCCUUCCAGUUUAAGGGCCUCGUCUACAAUCAAUCACCAACCACACUUUGGUUUUACUAAUGUUCAUAUGCAGUAAGUUACCCUCAGUGUCCUUCCUAUAAAUAAAACGGCGCCAGGUAAUAGUUAGCGACAAGACCCCUUACGAUGUAUAAAGUAAACAAAAAUAAAUAUAAAUGUUCCCUGGGGGGGCAGUUUUGUUAUCAGCAUGAUCCAGGCAUCCCUAUUCACUUUGUCAUACUGAGGCCUGGAGAUAAUGUAAUGCCAUCACCCGGGCGAUGGUGAAACUAUACAUUUAGAUUAACAUUAGUUAAUCGCCAUACGGUGCGGAUUGGGGAACACCAAAACAACAAGCAGUAACAUCAAACCAUACACACUGUGUCAUAUCACACGGUGACACCGUUUGUAUUCACGAAUAAUAACUUGCUUGCAAAUCGCCUGCUUGCUUGCGAUCUGCAGACACUUCUGAAUACCUCUUGGAUGUAUGUCAUCGACGUCCAAAAUACAAUCCGAGAUUAUUUACAGUAGGCCCGAUCGGUAUACCGAGAUGAGGAUGUGGGGAUGACCAAAAAGAACACGUUGACCAUUAAAAAAACAAAAACAAACCGAUCACACAUCGAGAGUAGUCAAAACGUCGCGUCGGUUUUGGGGAGUAAACAUAAUAUCGAUUAAAACUAGGGAUGCAUAUGAUUGUGUUUGUGUUUACCUCGGGAGAUGUCGGUGUCAGCUGUCCCAGCGCCCCAUAGCUCUGCAGAUUACUGUACGAUGACGCGUCUCUUCUUCUAGCACCCCACUACUGUAGUGACCAUGGGACCGUUACUGCCAUCUAGAGGCAUGCUCUCUAAGUUCUUCAAAUAAUUACAUAUUUAGUAAAUAAUUACAUUUGUUCACGUGUAAUUUGAAUUUCACAUCCCUGCACGUAGACUACAAUAUUUCUGUUACAUUAUUCAUAGUGCAAUUAUUUAAAAUAGCAUUGAAGAAGGUUCAGUUUCAUCUUUCGUUUCUCAGAUCAUAAAGAUUAGUUUUCCAUUAUGUUCUCAAAGACAGGUAGUUAGUUUAUUUUUGAAUUAAGUAAAUACAGCAGCUACCUUAAAUAACAAACAAUCAAUAAAGCAUAAGUGUAUCACUUGGUAAUAGGAGUGAUUCCACUCUAGGGCUUUAUACUGUGGUUAUUAUGCUCCAUAUGUACACAAGGGGGCAGCAAUCGUCCAUGAAAUGUACCAACUACCUUUACCUUAGCCUACCUCGAAGCUGUCGCUGCUCAUGUUUCAUUGAAUUGGGAUGCGGUGCUGUUGUGACUUGGCUGCAAACAUUAAUAUAGAUCAAACACGUCCCAUUAACAAAUUCAUGCUACAGUUGAUGAUCCUCCCUGCUUUUAUCUGUUGGAUGAAUCCGUUAAGAUAGUGUCCUCAAGAGUACACACACACACACACACACACACACACACACACACACACACACACACACACACACACACACACACACACACACACACACACACACACACACACACACACACACACACACACACACACACACACACACAAUAACAAUAG